AUGCCGAACGAUAAUGGUUCUUCUGCCAACCCAUUCAUUCGCUUCAAAAACGAGAUUGACACCCAUAUUGCGCAGUUCUGGGGCCAUGGCCCUCGACGGGAGGCGCCGCUGGACUCGUCAAGCCGCUCCCCAGACAGUCGCGUUGAGAGCUCCUCCAAUAUUGAUCCCACGUCUGAUGCCGUGGUGCUCGCCAAUCCCCCCGUAGACGUCAUUGCAGCACAACUGCAGCAACAGCGCAUAUCAUCCUGGCUGACAUUUUCUGCCUAUUCGCCAGACAACCUAAGCUUCCUGCCCCAACCUGUUCCAAAGGAUCUUCUACAUGACCGCUUAGCUGGAUCUUGCUCCACCUUCCACGACGCCUUUGCGGACCUCUUACAUGUAUCCUCUGGCCACCCACUCCGGGACAUUAUACAGGCAUUGCCUGUUCAAGGGAGUCGUCAUUAUGCUACCUCAUUCUCGUCCCUUGUGUUCCAGGCAUUCCGCUCACAGGCAUGGCGCGCUUCGCUUCAAGAUCAGUGGGACGUCUACUUCCCGCAACGUCAGGCUCGUAUAGAUGCCGAAACCAUCCUUGAAAUAACCUAUGGCCUGCAAAAGCAGCAGCGCCAGCGUGGACUCGGCACAUCGGUGACAUUGCUCCAGUCUCUUAUCCGCCAGGCUUCAAUGUGCGAAGAGGAGGCCAAGCUUUGCCGCCUUGUGGGCCAGCCACCCUUUGGUCCUACAGACUCUCUUGAUUCUGAUCGCAAUGACCUCUGGGCCGUGCUUCGAGACCUGUACCAAAUGAAUGAUCCAUGGCGCAAGGAGAGUCGCUCGACCCAGGUACAUCAUGAGGAGGUCCCGGAUGGAGGUUUCACGGAGAAAAUCGACACCGAGGAAGCACUCUAUCAAGCCCUCUGUCCGCCACGUCCCAACAGCUUGGCUCGAUCCAUGUUGCCAUGGGACGGCACUGCCGUGGUGCCAACCCCUUGUGCCAAUUCUUUCGAGUCAGGCAGAGAAACAUCUUCCCAUGUGACAGAGAUGAACGUUGUGUUUCUGCCUGAUGGGAGCAAUAUAGUGACCAGAGUUGAGCGGCACUCGCAUCAUGGCAUCACAGAACAAAUCAUCACAACAGAAAAACAAGAUGCGCAAGGUUUGAUAACGGAGCGUACGAUAAAGACCAUACAAUUUCCGGCGGAUCACGGUGGGCGGCCUCGCGAGCACCAGGCUUCGAAUGACGAUCGUAUCAAAUCUGCAUCUGGACGCGCAGCCGGUACAAGCGAUUGGUUCUGGACUCGGCGCGGCUAA